UUAUAGGUUAUCCAAUUAGCUGUCAGUGUCGUAUAAAUCUAGAUAGAGUAUGAAAAUGUAAUAUCUUCUAAUGUAUUUACGAAGAAAUGUGGCUUUCAUGAAGGUGAAAAUAUUCCGGCGAUAAUUGGAUUGUAAAUUUCAUUUUAGCCCCCAAAAUGUUCAUCAAUUAUAUUUCGAUUUUCAUUUUGCUUCUGUGUAUUUUUCGGGUAUUCUCCACUGAAUUGACAUUCGAAUUAGCGGAUAAUGCUAAAGAAUGUUUUCACGAAGAAAUACACAAGAACACAACAGCUACAUUAGAGUAUCAGGUUGUAACCGGUGGUCAGUACGACGUAGAUGUAACGUUAGAAGAUCCGAGAAAGAAAAUUAUUUACAACCAAGUUAAAUCACAAUUCGAUUCUCAUACUUUUACUGCUCAGAUGACGGGUAUAUAUGUGGUUUGCUUCAGCAACGAGUUUUCCACUAUUUCGCACAAAAUAGUUUAUAUGGACUUCCAAGUCGGAGAAGAAGAGCCUUUACCUGGACUUGGAGAACACAUAACAGCCUUAACCAAGAUGGAGUCCUCAGCAGCCGACACUCAUAAAGCCCUAUCAACGAUAAUCGAUUUUCAAACACACCACAGGCUGAGGGAGGCCCAAGGUAAAAAAAGAGCAGAUGAAAUGAACGAGAGGGUUCUCUGGUGGUCAGUUAUACAAACAUUUGUGAUUAUAAUAAUUUCAGUCGGCCAAGUAAUCAUUCUUAAGAAUUUCUUCACCGAAAGAAAACCGUUAAACGUUAAUAAGAGGUAAUUUAUAGUGAUCUUAAUUAGGCGAAUUAUUUUCAAGAAUGUUCAAACUGUGAGCGUAUAUUUUUUUUGUUUGAUUAAAUGUUUCAUUAUAUUUGACGUUUGAAUUGUUUGUUUUUAUUUGAUGUCGUGGGAGAAGUUCGUUAAAUUGAAUUUUCAUUUCUUUCAUAUCGAAUAUAUGAAUUAAGGCCAAGUACAAAUGUUGUGUUAGUUCGAAAUUUUAAGUUCGCAUUUCAAAUAAUCCGAAGUUAAUAAUCUCAAUUGCUUUUAUCGAUUAUUUGAAUAUUGUAAUGUACGAUACAACCUCCAGAAAGUAUAUUCGUAAUAAAUUAUUUCUCUUUU